AUGCGGGGUUGGAUGAGUAUUAAACAAUCCGGCCACAACGUACUCUUCUACAGCGCUCGGCUUCGUCCACGCGAUAAUAAUGUCAGACCAGAUCGAGGUGCUGCUCUACGGCCUAGGAGCGUAGGUGUUCCUCGCUGCUGUGCAAAAGUGUUCGUGUCUGAUCAAUGCAGGAUUGGCUCCUUUUACGCCUUCAUCCUCAGCCGUUCUGACCGUGUGCGGUUGACGGUAGUAGCACGGACCUGGCUGACAGUGGUCAAAUCACCCGCCGAGGCACCGAAGAUGGACUACAUUGUAUGCGCCCAUAAGGCUAUUGAUCAGGACGGCGUGGCGGCGCAGUUACAACCGGUAGUCGACGAUACCAGGUCUACAAUUGUGAUUAUCCAAAACGGCGUCGGCAACGAGGAGCCAUUUCGAAGGAAGUUCCCCCAAUGUUCUAUCCUGACCUGCGUGACGAGCCCCGGCAUUGUCAAACAUACCAAAUCCGAAGACAUGCAGAUCGGCCUCUUCCCAAAUUCACAGGUCGAUGAGAAAGUCGAGCGCCAACGGCUGGAGAGGUUCGCUGACCUCCUCCACCACGGCCAGACGCGGUUCCAGAUUUUGGAAGACAUGCAGCGGCAGCGGUGGGAGAAGGUCGUCUGGAACGCUGCAUGGAACUCGCUCACCACCCUGACCAUGGUGGACACACAAACCUGGCUGCACUCCUCUGAGGAUGCCACACCCUUCACUCGGCAGGUGAUGCGCGAAGUUAUCAACAUUGGUCGCGGCUGUGGGGUGUCGCUGACCGAAGACCUCAUCGACCAGCUAAUGGGGAAGAUUAACGCCAUGCCGGGUAUUGGUAGCAGCAUGCAAACAGAUUGCAAGAACGGGCGGCCGAUGGAAAUUGAUGUGAUCUUGGGCUUUCCCGUGCGAAAAUCGCGAGAGCUAGGGAUCUCGGCUCCGUUUCUAGAGACUCUCUAUGUCAUCUUGCGUGCAAUCGACGGCCGAUUGAAGGCCGCAUUGUAG